AAAGCUUCUUCAUCCUAUUCUAUCUUAUUGUAUCUAAUUCAAUUUUAUUCUAUCUUAUUCUAUCCUGUUCUUUUCCAUUCUACUUUAUUCUAUUCUUUUCUACUCUAUUCUAUUCUAUGGAGCCGGAGCAAGCAACAACAAGAUUUCAAAAAAUGACAAGAUCUCUAUCCUUCAAGUUUCCGUCCCAGCUCUCAGUAAAGAAGCAUGAAAGUCACAAGCAGCCAAAGAAACUAGAUGCUGACAACUGGAUCAAGGGGAGACAGACAGGAUCUACAUUAAAGCAGGAAGCUCCGCCUCAGAAUAUCAGAAUGUUCAACUCUGUUGGAGACAAGAAGUCCUUGUGGGCCAACAAGGUGGAGAGUCAUCAGAAGAAGCAAGCUCUCAACCCAUUCUCAGACAAAUUUGACAAAUCUUUAGCCAGGAACCUUCUCAACAAAGAUGAUCCGAACUAUGCUCGCCCUGACUCCAAUUCUCUGUCAUUUAUGCGAGCAAAAGCUGGCGAGGCGAAAAUGCUCGGAGAGAUUUGUGACGUUUGUGACGUCAUAUUUCAGCACGGUCAAAGAUCCCCUGAUGGUACUGCAGCGAUAAUGUUCGGCCCACUUUUUUCGAUUUAUAACCGUAUAAACGACAAGUUGGUGGGACUACUCAUCAGAGCAAGAAAAAGAGAUCUUUUAGAUUUUCAGGGAGAAAUGUUGUAUCAGAGACGAGAUGAUGAGGAGUGGAUUGUUCUUACAAAGAAUUUAAAUACAAUCAGAGCAAUAUUUGGUCGGGACUCAGAUCAUCCUGCAGGAGGGGAGGUAGACCCAGAGGUCAAGAAGAAUUUGAUAUUUCCUGGAAGUCUAGACAGGAAGGAUUCAAUGGCCAGUGUCUCUAGUGUUACCAGCCUACCGGCCAACCUAUCCCAGAACCAUUCAUGUGCUGGCAUUCUCGGAGCUUCAGCCAUAGCAAUCGCAGGUUUACCAGUGUUCGGUAAAGACACUGGAUCAAUAAUAAAAGAUUCAAAAGACACUGCUGAGGUUCAUGAAACAAAGGUGAAUCAUGAACUGACUCCGGAUAGUACUGGGAGUCGGGCUGGAUCACGGAGGUCAAGUUUAAAACCUCGAGGAUUAAGAGAAUCCUUUAGAAACCUGGUGAGACCUAAGGUAAAGAAGCGGGAUGUAGAAGCUCCCUGUGAUGAGAGCGGAGAGGAGGAUGAAUAUCUAGUAGCUAGCCGUAGAGGAAGCAGGAUAUCAGAAUCCAACCUAGAGGCUCAACCUAGCUCCAGGUGGAAGCGGAUACUAGGGGUCAGUCUUGCCAUAAGCAGGAUGGCACAGAUGACUAAAAGUAGCUCAAAAUCUACUCUCAACCUGAAACGAUCAGACUCAAUUCACUAGUUCCUACUACCUAGAGUUAUCCUCGCAACCAACCAUGAGGAUACAUCCUGAACCCAACCUACCCUGAGUAAACAUCUUGUUUCACUGAACCCAACCUACCCUGAGUAUGCAUCUUAAUCUCCUGAACCCAACCUACCCUAGUAUGCAUCUUAAUCUUCUGAACCCAACCUACCCUAGUAUACAUCUUGUUCUCCUGAACCCAACCUACCCUAAGUAAACAUCUUGUUCUCCUAAACCCAGCCUACCUUGAGUAUACAUCUUGUUCUCCUGAACCCAACCAACCCUGAGUAAACAUCUUGUUUCACUGAACCCAACCUACCCUGAGAUUACAUCUUAAUCUCCUGAACCCAACCUACCCUAGUAUACAUCUUGUUCUAAUGAACCCAACCUACCCUGAGUAUACAUCUUGUUGUCCUGAACCCAACCCACCCUAGUAUACAUCUUGUUCUUUUGAACCCAACAUACCCUGAGUAUACAUCUUGUUCUUUUGAACCCAACCUACCCUAGUGUACUUCUUGUUCUCCUGAACCCAACCUACCCUGAGAAAACAUCUUGUUUCACUGAACCCAACCUACCCUAAGUAUACAUCUUAAUCUCCUGAACCCAACCUACCCUAGUAUACAUCUUGUUCUCCUGAACCCAACCUACCCUAGUAUACAUCUUGUUCUCCUGAACCCAACCUACCCUAGUAUACAUCUUGUUCUCCUAAACCCAACCAUCCCUGUGUAAACAUCUUGUUUCACUGAACCCAACCUACCCUAGUAUACAUCUUGUUCUCCUGAACCCAACCUACCCUGAGUAUACAUCUUGUUCUCCUGAACCCAACCCACCCUAGUAUACAUCUUGUUCUUUUGACCCAACAUACCCUGAGUAUACAUCUUGUUCUCCUGAACCCAACCUACCCUGAGUAUACAUCUUGUUCUUCUGAACCCAACUUACUCUGAGUAUACAUCUUGUUCUCCUGAACCCAACCCACCCUAGUAUAUAUCUUGUUCUUUUGAACCCAACCUACCCUGAGUAUACAUCUUGUUCUCCUGAACCCAACCCACCCUAGUAUACAUCUUGUUCUUUUGAACCCAACCUACCCUGAGUAUUCAUCUUGUUCUCCUGAACCCAACCUACCCUGAGUAUACAUCUUGUUCUCCUGAACCCAACCUACCCUGAGUAUACAUCUUGUUCUUUUCAACCCAACCUACCCUGAGCAUACAUCUUGUUCUCCUGAACCCAGCUCUCCCUAGAGUAAACAUCUUGAUACCCUGAACUCAACCUUUCCCUUAAAUUCAACCCACCCUAAAUUUUGAUGUUAGGUACUUUCAAAAAGGAUUUUUCCCAAGUGGCAACUUCCAAAGGCUAUUUUCCCAAGUGGCAACUUCCCAAAUGUGUAAUUUCCCAAGCGGCUACUUACCAAGUCUGUCCCUGCCGCAGCGUUUGGCCCCCAGCCUGUUAUAGCCUCGGCGCUCUGCCCUCUAGCCCAUCCUAGCCGCAGUGCUCGGCCCCCCAUUGCAUAGGGGCUUGCCAAACCAUUGGGAAGUUGCCGCUUGGGAAAUUGCACAUUUGAAAGUUGCCACUUGGGAAAUUCUCACUUGGGGUCGUCGCCCUUGGGAAAAUGCCUUUGGGAAAGUACCUUACACCGAAUUUUCAUUUGUUUCCCUUGCGAAAGUUCUAAAACUUACUUUGUACAAAUUUUUUUAUUUAUCCAUGAAAAAAAUAUAUAUAGAUAUGUAUUUUAACUUCAUAUUUAGUUUCAAUAAUAUGAAAUAUUGCUCUGAUUAAUCAUGUAACUGUAGCGUGUAUUCUAAACUUGUAAUUACCUAAUUUAAAACAUUCAGACUUUUAAUAAACUUGAAGAAAUU